AUGGCGGACGUGACGACGCAGAUCAACCAUUUGGACGCCCAGAAGAAGCUGCUGAUCGCGCUCCCCAACGUCUGCGAGAAGAAGAACAUGACCUUCAAGCAGACCUUGGAGCUGAUCGAGUCGGUGGGAACCUUUGGCGGGGACCAGCCGGAGCUGAAGGUCUUGGACUGGCGCGUACGGUGCCAGAAGGAGCUCGGGGAUAUCGUCUCCGAGCUCAUCAGGGAUAACAAGGAAGAGGAUCUAAACUUCGAGACUCUGCGGGACCUCUGUGGUAUGACCUUGGACUGGAGGAGACCUGUGGCGAGCGGCUCAUCAAGGAGGCUGCCAGGCUGUUCGAGGGCUCCAGCAUCCAGAGCCUCCUUCCGCUCUUAA